CACCGCAUCCCUUCAUUACUUCCUCUCUCUUUCCUCCCCAAAAGUUGUUGCCAGUUUAUUCCUUCUUUUUGCCUUCACCGGUACCUACUCCCCCUGAGAUCCUUCUCCACCGAAACCAUCACCCGUCUCCUUCUUUGCGAUUUCUUUCCCUCUUUCUUUUCCUGAGAUGCUUCAGGGUUUUUUUUUUUUUUUUGGGAUGAAGCUCAUAAUUACUUAAGGAAAACCAAAAUAACAAACCAAAUCCAAUCAGAAAUUACCGAAAAAGAAAACUGAAGACAUGGGGCGGGGGUUUUUUUUGGAAAUUACACAAGGCUGAGAUGGAGUUUGGCAAGAAAGCAAAAAAAAAAAACCUGUCUUGAAAAAUUGUUGCUAUUAGAUUUUGAAGCAACUUGAAGCUAAAAUGGCCAACAAAGUUUUUCCCACAGUUGAUCUCUCCCCUUUCUUCAAUGGAGAAAAUGAUGAGAAUGGCAAAAAGAAAGCCAAAGAAACAAUUAGCAAGGCCUGCUCUGAAUAUGGUUUUUUCCUCAUCGUCAACCAUGGGGUACCCCAAGAAUUUGUAAGCAAAGCCAUGCAACUCUCAAAAACAUACUUCAAGUAUCCAGAUGAGGAGAAGCUCAAGUGUAGUCCUAAAUCUGGAGUGCCUCUUCCUGCUGGUCACAACAAGCAGCCUCAUAACGUACCUGAUAAGAAUGAAUUCAUUCUCAUGUUUCCACCGGACUCCAGCUUCAAUGUGCUACCUAGCAAUCCACCGGAAUUCAAGGAAACAUUGGAAAAGAUGUUCAUCUGCUUUUCCAAGCUUGGUGAACUAAUGGAAAGCAUCAUAAAUGAGUGUCUUGGACUCCCAACAAACUUCCUCAAAGAGUACAAUCAUGAUAGGAGCUGGGAUUUAAUGGUGGCUAUGCAUUACUUUGUAGCUGUUGGAGCUGAGGAUAUAGGACAAUCAGAGCAUGAGGAUGGAAACUGCAUAUCCUUUGUUGUACAAGAUGAUGUUAGCGGCCUGGAAGUCCAAUAUAAUGCAGAAUGGAUUCCGGUUAUCCCUGAAGAAGGGAAAAUAGUGGUCAAUGUGGGGGACGUGAUUCAGGUGUUGACGAAUAACAAGUUCAAAAGUGGAAUGCAUAGAGUUGCAAGUCCCAAAGGAAGAAGCCGAAAUUCCUUUGCAUUUUUCUAUAAUUUACCUGGAGAAAAGUGGGUAGAACCAUUGCCACAGUUUACUAAAGAGAUUGGAGAGGAACCGAAGUAUAGACGGUUCAAAAACCAGGAUUACCAAGCCUUGAGAAUGCGAAACAAGACUCAUCCACCAGCUAGACCAGAAGAUGUUAUUCGCAUCACUCAUUAUGCAAUUUCUACCUCAGGAAACAAAAAAUUUGCAUAACAGAUUGCGUUUGUCUAGGAACACAAGAACUUCCUUAUUUUUAGGUAAUGAAGUGUGUCUAAAUAAUUGCUUUCUUUCUUUUUUAUGUUUUUUUUUUUUGGGAUGUCUUGAAGGUGAUGGGGAAAUUGAUCAUUAUGAUGUAAAAGUUAUAAUGCCGUUAUUAAUGUAAAAUAAGCCCAAAAAUAAAUAUGGUUGUGUUUGGGCAUAAACCCAUAAUUUGAUUUUUCCUAUAUUUCAUUGUAUUA